GUCAACAAUAAAAUGGAGAGAUAUCGAAGAAACUCGGCCUCUGUAUUUCUCUCUCCUCUUCUUCUCUCUCUCUCUCUCUAAAUUCGAUACAACAGAAGAUUGCAAAUGAGGAUUUCUUUACUAAACAGUAUCAGUAACAACCUUCGAAUAUCUCCUUCGAUUCCUCUUUCGAGCUUCAAUCAUCGACCCACUACUACUGUUCGUUGUAAUUAUGACAAGGAAGAAUCGCAAUUCCUUAAGCGUGCACCUGUUAAUGAAGAAAACAUUCGUACGAGCAGAGUUGAUUUCACCACCGCUUUCAUAAGUUCCGUUGCAGCUGCGACUUUGGUUGCUACUCCGAUAGCAAAUGCUCUAGACAUGGAGAAAAUCACGGAAGCGACGGGUUCUUUGUAUACACUUGCUGAGGGUAACACCGGAGAUUGGCUUCAAGGCAUAUUAUAUUCAGCUAGUCAAGAUGCUAAUGUGGCUGUACAGGACCAGUUGUCAGCUCUCAGUUUUACUAGUUUAGCCGUCAUUUUUGGCGCUGGUCUCGUAACCAGCCUUUCACCUUGUACACUGAGUGUUCUGCCAUUAACCCUUGGUUAUAUAGGGGCAUUUGGAUCUGGGAAAAGCAAAACAGAGGUCAUUAGCAAUUCGAUUUCGUUUGCCAUGGGAUUGGCUACUACAUUAGCACUGCUUGGUGUAGGAGCCUCGUUUGCUGGAAAGGCGUACGGUCAGAUAGGUCAAGGGUUGCCUAUAGCUGCUUCGUUUUUAGCUGCUGUCAUGGGAUUGAAUCUCUUGGAGGUGAUUGAAUUACAGCUUCCUUCAUUUCUCAGCAACUUUGAUCCUCGUGCAGCUGCUGCUAAUUUUCCUUCGAGUGUCCAAGCAUAUCUGGCCGGACUUACAUUUGCAUUAGCUGCAUCGCCUUGCAGUACGCCUGUGCUUGCUACCUUACUCGGAUACGUUGCUUCGACCAAGGAUCCGGUUAUAGGCGGCAGCCUAUUGUUGACAUACACAACUGGUUAUGUUGCUCCACUUCUUCUUGCUGCUUCCUUUGCUGGAGCAUUACAGAGCCUUCUUUCGUUCCGCAAAUUUUCAGCAUGGAUCAAUCCAAUGAGCGGUGCCCUCCUCCUCGGCGGGGGUGUGUACACCAUGUUGGAUAGGCUUUUCCCUGUAACAAUGGCAAUGUAAAUGGCAGUGACAAAUGGUCUGAAGAAAUCGGAGCAACGAUCAGUUCUUCUGAUAUUCUUGAUUCGUAAUCUCGGACAAUGCUGGGAACUGACAGAAAGUACACAAUGUAUAAAAUGUUCAGGGUUUAGAUUUCAUGCCCGUGAUUAAAAACUAGACUCGUAACUUAAUCGAGCAUAUGAAUGAUAGCGAGUCUGAACAUCACUAUGUAGUCCCUAUUAUUGCACAAUCCUAUGAAGAAUAUUGUUCAAUACAAAGAUUUCUUUAUCUAAUGGGAUUUA